AUGUUAACGAGUAGUGAGAAUACAAUUAUUCCUCUGGAAGGAUCUUCUGGUAAUGCAGAGGAGAAGAUUGAAAGCAGCCAGCAAGGUUUCACAGUAGGAAUGACAGAAACGAAUAGUUUGAUUUCGAAUACUAAUCCAAUGAUCAAUUCAACAAUGAACAGAGCUUCCUUUGACAUACAACAACAAACCUCCUCUUCCCAAUUCCUCUCUCCCAACCUAACAAGAGAACGUGGCAUGUCCAUGACCGAUGAUUUUUCCUCUCAACAAACAGAUCUCAGUUGUGAUUCCCUAAUUGGAAAUGAUGAUGAUAGUGUGAUGGCCAUUGAUGAAAUAAUGUAUGGUGGAAUGAGAGGCACAACCAUGUCACCGAUUGGUUUGGGACCAACCAUAGACAAGGAUUCUCUGAAAAGAAAAGGUAAAGCUAUCAAAGACCUCAAUGAAAAUGAUAUUGGAAAGGACACACAUAGUUCAACAACUGGUACAAUUGAGAAGGAACCUUCAUGUUUUGCAAUGGUUGUGUUUUGUAUACUUUCAGCUAUUGCGCAAAUGUUUAAACAUUUGGAAGUUGCUAAGGUUUCAUGCGGAUGUUGUUGUAGUAUGUUGUGUUGUUGUCUACCAAGAAGAUAUAAGCAAGUCAAGUUUAGUUUAGUUUCUUUAAUGUCAGUUUUGGCACUUGUAGUUAAUAUUUUGGUAUUGCUUUGUAUUGCAGCUGUUACUAUUUUACAAUAUAUUUCUGUGAGUGAGUAUCAUGUUGCUGAGCUUUUGACUUCUAGAGCUACAGCAAUUUCUUCUUACAAUGACAUGAAGACAGCUGUCAGAUUGGGAGCUUUCAAUCGUGGUUCAGUACAAGCAAGGUAUCCUCUGCAGCUCUACCAGAAAAGUAAGAGAACAUUCACAAGCUCAAUUCAAAAUAUUUUGGAUAAUUUUCCAACUUUUGAUGAUAAUUACCAAUAUUUGAAUGGUUCUAGAAAUACCUCUGCUUUACAAGCUUUGGAAAUAUUUAACGUUUGGGAACUGACCAUCAAUAUGACAUUCAAUGGAACUAAUAUGAAUCUUGGUUCUUGGGGUGAUAAAUUAAGAAAUAGCUCAUAUUACAAUCAAGGUGGCAGUGGAGGAGGAGGAAAUAGACCUCCUGGAGGAGGUGGUGGAGGAGGAGGAAGGCCAGGUGGUGGUGGUGGCAGAAAUAAUGGAACAAGAGACCUACCUCCAUUGACUAAUUUGAUAGUAGCUCAGUUCUUUAUGAACACUUCAGAGUUUAUGAAUGCUGAAGCAAAUGAUCAGAUGUAUCUUUCACAAUUUCUUGAUAAUUUGUUUAAUCAUAGUAUCAUUGCAACACAUGUUGGAUACUAUUCAAAUAUUACGUCAUUGGUAUUGCUUGGAUUGUCCAUUCUAAUUGUUAUUCCAAUGGUUAUUGUGAUAUUUGCAAUAAGCUUGAAGACCUCUUCGGCCAAUCAAACCAAACUCCAAACUGUUAAUGCUGUUAUGGUUCUAGAUACCAUGAAGGAUCCAGCUCAAAGGCAACGUUUCCAGAAUUAUUGUUUAGGUAAUGGUCAACUUGAAGAUUGUUUCAACUUCCUGGAAGAAGUGAGACAAUAUAAGGAACUAGGUAAUCAAUCUGUCCAGGUACAAGUAGAACUCUUUGAAAAAUCAAAAGAAUUAAUAGAGAAUGGAAAAUUGGUGUUUGGAAAGAAUUUGAAUGAAGAAGGAAAGGCUGAAUUUGUAAAGAGCAUUAGAAAGAGUGAUAAGAAACUGACAAAGAUUGAGAAACAAAAGCAAGAAAUGGCAUUUGAUAUCUGGACGAAAUAUUUGGAACAAUUCACAGAAAAUAGAACUAUUCUUUCUAGAGUUUCUAUAUCAGAUGUUGAGCUCUUAGUGAAAGAGUUGGAUUCUUUCAAUAAUCAAAUAGAUGAGUAUGCAGAUUUUGAUAUUAUUACGGAGGAUUUAUUCGAUCAUGUUGAGAAGCAAGUAGCCGAAUCUUUAACUGAAGUUCACAACACAUUCCAAAAUUUGAAUCAGAAAGCAGUUCAAAAUAUUCCUCAACAUUCAACGACCGAUUCUCAAUCCAUGCAAUCAAUGGUAUAAAUUCUCAAUCACUAAACUUAGUGACCCAAGAGAAUUUAAUAAUUUACAAACUAAACGAAUUACUUUUUAAAGUAACUAUGUUUCAAAAUGGAGCUAGCAUCCGGUCUUUUCUCUGGAUCCUUCUCCAACAUACUCAAUACCAACUCGGCUAAUUCAUUAGGUUUGAUAUCUCUAUGAAUAACUCUACCAUUUUACAUUUACAAUAGAAUUUUCAAAAACUUACCC